AUGGCUACCGAGCACAAUCCCGACCACGUCAUGACGGAAGGUCAGAUUCCCGUUGGAGACGAUUACUUUGAUGAGCUGGGGGAUGAAUUCCUCGGUGAACUCCCUGACGGAGCUCUGCGCGAUCUCCACGAGAAUGCUGCGCCGUCUGCUCCUGUCGGUGCUCAGCCGCCUCCCUCGGGAGAACCUGCGGCGAAGAAGCUAUGCAGUGAGGGGCAAUCCUCGGCUGCUAGUACCUCAGGCACUGCCUCCGCGCCUCCUUCGGCUCCUCCCCCGGUCCCCCGCGCAAGCUCCUCCGGCAGCUCUGCUGCUACGGCUUCUGCGCCUGGUCGCACACCUCCUCCUUCUGCGCCUCGCCCGGCGCCUGCUUCUCGCUCUCGGCCUUUGCAGCCGGAACCUGAACCAGACCAUACAGCUGCUGGCGUGACCACCGGUCUUGCACCCAACGCUCGCUAUCGAAACUUGCGCCGUCAUCGCAUGACGGUUGGAGCGGUUCUGCACACUCUGACGCGCGACACGCAAUCGAUGGUGGAUGUGAUUUUCCCCGAGUCUUCAUCGGAGGAGGUUCGCGCCGCGGUGCUUUCGCAUAUCUCAGCUCUCAUCAACGGUCAGGCUUUCAACGGUGUUAUUAUUCCCUCGUUUGAGUCAGCGGGCGCGCAUGCGCAACACGCUUCUCGCGGGAACGACCGAGGCAGGACUUGA